CGAGGAGGCUACAACAUGGAGGAGUUUCGCGGUGGCAACAUGACGGCGUCUAGCAGCCUCAUAGACCACAUGGACUCGGGCAGAUGUGUGGGGGACAUUCGGUCUGGCUCUCCUCCUCUGCCCCCGAGCUCCCUCCCCCACGAGUGCCAGGUCUGUGGUAAGCUAAUAUCUUGUAGAAGGAAUCUAUGGAAGCAUAUGGAACGAGUACACCUCACGAACCCUGCUGUUAGAUGCUCCAUAUGUGCGAAACUUUUCAAAAAUAAGUACGCCCUCAAGGACCAUCAGAGAAUCUAUCAUGGAGGACUCAGUGAACCUUUACCAUCAAGCCCCCUUCCCCAUCCCCACCAUCAGUCCCCAGCUAACCUUCUGUCUCGCAUUCUCCGGGACACCCGUCCUUCCUGCCCUCCUUCCGUGGCUGGAUCUCUGUCUCGGCCAAGCUGUUCCGUAGUAUCAGUUAGUCCCUCCGGUUCCGUUGAUGGGCGACCACCAAGAGAACUGGCGCCCGUGCCACACUCGCCCAUGGAGGGCUUACCGCCCUACCACAGACGCCUGCUCGAGGAUGACGACCAGGGAGCAAUGUACGGAAACUUGGAGUCUUCUCGUCUACCUCCGCCUCCUGCUCUGCAACCUCCUACUCCUGCAACGUCCAUGCACAUGAGCAGCACAUCGUCCAUGUCGUCAAGACGAGGUAGCGACAUGCACGGUAGCUCAUCCAUGCUACGGCCUUCUUAAUGGCGCGCAUAGAAGUUAGGGGGUCGAGGACAUCGCGCAUGCCUUCAAUCUGUCACAACGACCACGUCGAGCCCAUGGCAAGCUUAUGGCUAUGACACUUUUAUUCAUAUUUAUUCGCUCAUUACUUACGUAGUCGUCUGAGGUAAACGGGGCACUAGAUAUUUUUAGGUACUAAUACAUUACUACUACUACUACUUCUAGGUUAGAUGAUUCCAUUAAUACAUUUAUUUAAAGGUAUAAGAGUCCAUAUAUUGUGAUAACAUGAGGAUAUAUUACGGUCUAUUAACGUAGUUUUAUUGAAAGCACAACUAAUUUGAUAGGAUAUAACGUGUGAUAGAAUGUUAUGCGUUCCCAAC